AUGUGACGAGAAACGAGCAGACGAUCAGUGUUUAAUGGUUUGUCAACAUCGGUAGGACUUGUUGCCUAAUUUGCCGACGUUUAAAUCGAUUGGUGUUGACCCGGUAUCUGCUGGAAAAUUCUUCGAAAGUGUAGUUUGGGGUGAGAACCUGUUCUCUUAAAAAAGAAAUAUAAAUAUAUUACAUUGGAAGUAAACGGUGAUGUUCCCGUAAAGAUAAAACGAUCAGGUGAGAUGUAGUUUUAUUGAUGAAUUUUCGAAGAUUGCCAUCAGAUCAUUGAACUUUCAAAAUAAAAGGAAGAUAAAGUCGUAAUAUCUAAGAAUGAAACAUCCGAGGCUUCCAGGAGCUGAAAAAUUCAAGUUUUCUAAUACAGACGAAGACGAUCAGCACGAUUCUGCAGCAGUCAGUUUUGUACGUGGAGGACAGUUCAGGAAUAGUUGCCCGCCUUCAAUUAGACCAGGUAAUUUCAGCAGAACAGAACCCAAAAGACGCCCCGUAAUACCCAUUACUUCGAAGACCUCACGAGUGUUAUGUAACACCGGACUAGAACUCUCCUCAUUGGAUAGAUCGUCGUUGAUUGAUAACAUUUCUCCUGUUACUUAUCGACAGGACAAUUUAAUCAGAGAGGCCACGGUACCCCGCUGUAAUAGUGGACGAAUAUCUUGGCCAUUAUUUGGCAGUUUUAGAUCGCGAGGGAAUCGUAGACCCCCUAGUGAUGAUUAUACACCUACGGACAGUCCCAGAUCGAGCACUUGUUUAAAUGAAUGUGUUGUGGUCGAUCAGGUGGACCUGUUAUCUUCCAACGACAGUAUUCAAGAAUACGAAUGGUCUUCUCAUAGUUCUAUGGAAGAAGCUGUCUGGAUACCCAGGAAAAGGAACAAUUGAAGUCGCAUAAUUGACCCUUACUAUGUACAUAUUGUUUGUUAAAAAGGGCUCCAUAUUACAACGUGUUCUGUCUGACUAUCACAAGUAAUCAUUUUAUAUAAUGUACAAAUGUGAGUUUAAGUUAUUAAACUGUUUUAAUUACAAAGUUACCACGUGACCGUGCGUGAUGUCGGAAAGAAUUCCGUUACAUAAGAAUAUUCCGAGAAAUAUAUUAAAAUUUGCUCUUUAAUCCUCUGAGAAGGACUUUAAAACCUAAAGCUAACAUACACUAUAAUUAGGUUUAAGGAAAUGCAGACAGAGAGAACGAAUACUAACGCCAUCUGAACGAGAAAUUUGUAAUUAAUUAAGAAAUGCACAGUACAUACUUGAUACUAUACUAAAUGAAGUGGAAAAACUAAGUAAUAUCUCAAAGUACCAACUAAAACUACUUUAAAAAAUGCUUCGUUACAUGAAUACAGUAAUUGAAUAAAAUUUCUGUUUCUGAAGAGUCUUCCAUGUACAGUUAUGUACUAUAUGUGUGCAGAGGACAUAUAUUUUAGUUGUUUUUUCUGCUGAGGAAUCGAAGGAAAUAUGCAGUAAACGCUAUCUAAAACGA